AGGACACCGACACAAACCUGUAGUUCACUACGUGGACUUUUAAUGACGAGGAUCAGAAUGGAAAUACAACAUACUCUGUUCUUCUGCUUCAUAACAGGGGCAUCUUUUCUCAGUAACACAGCAGCUCCAACAUACAUGCAAUCUGCAGGACUCCCUAUUUAUACAGCAAUGGAGGGACAAAGUAUCUCCUUUGAGUUCCCGUUCACCCUGGUAGGAGGCGGCAGAAGGUACUUAUGUAAGGAGGAGUGUAAACUCAACAACAUAAUUAUUGAGACAAACACACCGGAAGCUCAACAUGGGAGGUACAGCCUUAGAUAUCAUGAAGGACUUCUGCAGGUGACCAUCAAAGAGCUUAAAGCAUCAGAUUCUGGAAGGUACAGGUGUGGAGUAGCCAGUUCCUCCAGAGCUGAUUUAUAUGAAGAGAUGGUUGAGAUCAGAGUUAAUAAAGUGGUGAGCUGGUCCACCACAAGCAGCACUAGGUCCAGACAGCAGCCGAGUGAAGAAACAACUCCAGAAACUCCAGGAGCUCCUUCAACCACAGCGUCAUCCAUCAAACAACAAACCAGCCAAUCAGCUUUUAUUCUGGCUGUUGGUGGAUGUGCCACAUUGAGUAGUUUCUCAGUGGUGGGGUUUUUAAUUCUGCUUUACAAAUGGAAGACACGAAAGAUAGCUAAUGGUUCAGAUAAGAGGACAGCGCAAACAGAGAUGGAAUAUGAAAACUGGGCACCGGGAUGCAGAUUUGAAGAGUCCCCCUACCAAAGCCUCGAUCCAGCCAGUAUGGAUCAGGAACCAACUUAUUUAAUUCUCACUUAGGACGUCCAGUUUUCUUGUCUUUCAAUUUGUUUGUUUUUUUUGUUUUUUGUGCAUGCAGUUUGGAAAGAAAAUAGUUUUUUCAUCUUCUAUCAGAAGAAAUAAAAGAGAUUUUCUUAAAAAAAAAAAAACACAGGCCAGAAUUAAGAAAACCUCUCUAGAAGUUGAAUGUGUGGUUUGGGCAAAAAAGCCCAAACCACACAUUACAGAUGAACACUGAUUACAGAUGAACAUUCAGAUCUCUGGGUGUAGCAGCAUUGAAAUGAAUACAGAUUGCCAGACUGAAUAUGGUCCAAUGGGCUCUACUGAUGACCGGAUCUUAGAGCUUCAACCAGCACAAACACGUCAGAUCGAUCACAAGUGAUGGUCCAACUGUGUCUGCUACAGGAACAACAGGAACCUUCAGGUGUUUUAAAAACUCUGCUUUAGUGAACCUUCAGGAAUUAGGUGCACGGCUGCCUGGUGAAGAACUGUGGGAUAAUUCAACCAAAAUUGAACACUUAAGCAACAACAGCAAAGAUAACUCUCAAGAGAGAAAAUAAGAGAAUAAAGCCACUGCCAAGGGGCUCCCAAACCAUCAGGGGGUCCAACAAAUGCUUGAAUUUUAACACAGACAAUAAUUUUAAAAUUUUUAGGUGAUUAGUAAGAAUACUACUACAUUUUAUUUGAGGGUCUCAGCAUUUUAAAUCUUGUCCUGUCUUGGCAUUUUAGGCGUACCGUAUUUAGAAGCUACUUGCCUACAUGUGUCAGGGCAGGUUUGCUCUACAAGUCUCAAAUAUCUCAAAACAAAAUCCUAAUUACUGUAUUAUUUCAAGACUGCAUCCAGCAUCAAAGUAGACAGGCCACAUUGAUGGUAUGUAAACCUGUGUUUGUAUGACCUCAGAAUCACAAGUGGCUUCACCCCUGAGUCACACCAACAGAGACAGGUCAGUUGUGGCUGGUGUCAAACAGGGAGGUGUUCAUAAAAAACAUAACAUAGAAAAAAAUAGCAAGUCAGCCCUGAUAAGAUGGACUCCCAGGUCCUCUGGUCUGCUGGCCGUGCAAGGGUGGGCGGACCAACAAAAAAUAUUCAUUCAAAUCAACUCAAAAAGGACAGCGGACAUCUGAAGCUUUAACAUUAAAGUCAAAUUAAUAUCUAAGCACUUUAAGGGAAAAUUUAUUUAAUAACCAUUAAAAUACAAUUUAUAAACCCAGCUAAAUCCUAUACCUGACAUUUCGUUAUGCCCACAUGCAGCCGACUGAAAUACAAGCAACUUAUUAAAAUCUUGUGCAACCACUCUGCAAUAUCCAUAAAUACAAACAUUAGAAAGAGUUGCCUGCAUUCAGUCUGAAAUACCACACAACCAUGAAAAAAUAUGUGAUUUCUUCUCACACACUCCAACAGCAGAGGCACAUUCAUCGCAGAGCUCUGACAAACUUCUGAUGGUGCUACACCCACUCUUUUCUGCUCCACUUAAGUUGGGUUCACUCUGUGCAGUUUUCAGCUGUAAUGGCCCAAGAUUUUUGGUAGUGAAAGAAAAACUCUGGUCUUGAGCUUGAAUCGAUUGUCUGUUGUCAAGCGCCGAUUUAACACUUUAAUGACCAAAGACAACCUAAGACAAAUAUCAGAUAUUUUCUGAGAAAACGGUGACUGAUUCAUGUCUUUUAACUUGACCUGUCAUUUCUUGUCCAAUGAUUGGUGGACUGAAGUCUGUCAGAUCUGUUGGACACAAUUAUGCUGCAGCAAGAAGCUGUGCAAUUUGCAUCUUCCGUAGUAAAAAUGUGACUAGAGCUGCCAUAAUAUCAAACUAGGAUACUGUGACAUGUUUUCGUGAUGCAUGAUUUUUUACAAUUUGGCACAAUGGACUGUCCCUACAUGCUCCUUCAGGAGGAGGGAUUGCUGCAAAGUCGGUGACUUAAUGGAAUCGGCUAGGUUUCCUGAGGUAGAACAAUUGUUACUCAUUUAAGUAAUAAACUGAACUUGUCUGCAUGGUUUAAGUAUUGGGAUUGAAUUGAAAUGUAUGUAAUUGACUUUGAAUCUAUCUGUAUGAGUUGAUUGAAUUGACUUUUUCUGUGUAUAAAUUAGACAUUUUUUGUUGCGUUUCUAAGUGUCUGAAGAUGAUAAUUUGUUGUGAAUCUGUGCUGUAUAAAUAAUCUGAACUGAAUUAAAAAGUGAAAUACAACCCA